CUACUCCGUACCUACAGUUUAUGUAUUGUCAGAAGCGAAGUUAUCCAUCCAAGGAGGGAUCCUUUUGUGUCGGCCCAGCGAGACUCAGGCUCAUGUCCACUGACCAACCUCUCCGUUGAGACGGUCUUGAUUCAACCAUAAACAUAAAAACCAACUUUAGCACCAACAUACACCCGCCUGGACUCUGCAACCUAGUGGUCUAUAUGUCUGAUUCACGGAUGCUGGCCUCCAGUACUUCAACCCCUGCUGUUCUAGAAAACCGACAAAAUGCGGCGCACCAGCAUACGCCUGCCAAAGGCUUCUUGGAGAGGCUCCGAGGGCAGGCAGGGUCACAAUACGAGAAAAACACAUCUGUGCACCCUAGUAGUAUCGGGCCUCACCCUCCUCGCGAACAGUUAAAGGAACGCAGGGAGACAAGUAUUCGUUGGGCACCGCUCAAUAUUGGCCUGGAGCGCCGCUUGCAGACUUUUGUGGUUCUAUGCCACACCCUCACAAUAGCGAUCUUUCUAACGGUUUUCUUUUUCACCUGUGCAAUUCCUCUAUUCUGGCCUCUUCUUCUGCCUUAUCUGGUUUACACCUCACUUUUCUCAACUGCAGCUACAUCAGGAAGUCUGAGUGGCCGGUGUAACUUGUUACGUUCACUUGGUGUGUGGUCAAUAUAUGCAUCAUACUUUCCAGCUCAGUUGCAUCGCUCGGAACCUCUUCUUCCUACUCGGAAAUAUAUAUUUGGAUAUCACCCUCAUGGAAUAAUAUCCCAUGGCGCGUUCGCAGCGUUUGCGACCGAAGCUCUUGGGUUCUCAAGGCUCUUUCCAGGAAUUACAAAUACACUGCUUACCCUUGACUCAAAUUUUCGAAUUCCCCUUUACAGGGAAUAUGCACUUGCCAUGGGAAUUGCCAGUGUUUCGCGUGACUCAUGUGAGAACCUGCUCACCAAUGGUGGCAUAGAUGGCGAGGGGAUGGGCCGCGCUAUUACCAUUGUUAUAGGCGGUGCACGCGAGUCACUUGAUGCCCUCCCAAACACCUUGCGCCUUGUGCUCAAAAGGCGUAAGGGCUUUAUAAAGUUGGCUAUUCACACAGGCGCUGAUCUCGUACCAGUUUUGGCAUUCGGUGAAAAUGAUUUGUAUGAACAAGUUCGUUCUGAAAAUCACCCCCUCAUACACAAACUUCAGAUGCUGGUCAAGAGUAUAAUGGGAUUCACCAUCCCAUUAUUCCAUGCACGAGGCGUAUUUAAUUAUGAUGUGGGGUUGAUGCCAUAUCGUCGACCGUUGAACAUUGUGGUUGGUCGUCCAAUUCGGGUUAUACAGCAACAUGAUAGGGGCAAGAUCAAUGAUGAAUACAUCAAUCAUCUCCAUACCUUGUAUGUCCAGGAGCUGGAAAGGUUGUGGGAAGAAUGGAAAGAUGUAUACGCCAAAGAUAGAACAUCAGAAAUUGAGAUUGUUGCUUGAAUGAAAGGAUAUCAAAGAAAAAAAUGACGACGUGGAUGUGAAUUAUGAAUAUACAUUGUCCCAUAGUUUUCGGAUUUUUAUGUAGGGGCUGACUGGAAGUGGGACCUAGGUAUACAACCUCUAAUGACAGCUUGAGUCUCAGGAAUGAAGGCGUAACAACUUGAGAACUGGCAGAGACAUGUUUAUUAUUGCAGGUCCAAUUUCAUUAUGCUCUU